GCGGGUCGGCUGCGAGAUGGUGGCCUUCAAUGCCGUCAUCGAUUGGCAGGCGCGGGUCUUCUCGCUGGAGUUCUUCUCGCCAGGCAUGCUGGUGCAGGUGGUGCGCGCGUCGGCGCUGCUGGCCUCGGAUGUGCUCGCGCUGCAGCGGUUGCGCGGGCCUGGCGCCUGGGCAUGGCCUGUGAACUGGAAGGGGCUGGAGCGCCUCCUCCGCGUGAACCGCCGCCUCGAGGAGCAGGCCUCCGCUGAGGCCGCCCCUGGCUCAGGCCGCCAGGGGCCCGCGCGGCCGCCGCCGCUCUGGCAGGCCCGUCACAGGCGUGCGCUCGCGGCGGUCCUCGGCGGUUCCCACUGGCCUCAGGAGCGGCUCUGGAAGGAGGGCAAGGCGCUCGACCGCCGCUGCUGCCUGUGUGGAGGCAGGGGCACGCUGCGGCACAGGGCCUUCGAGUGCGACGCUUGGCAGCCGCUGCGGAGGGAGGCGUGCUCGCCCGAUCUGCUGGAAGGGGCAAGGCUGGUGGCGCAGCGCGGGGAUGCCGCGGCGGAGCUCUUCGCGCGUGCGCUCUGCCCCGACCCUGCCCUUGCCUUCCCCGCGGCGGCAGACGCUGCGCUCGCGGCCCCGCGCUGGUUCGGCGCGCCGCCAGGCUCGAAGUUCGCGGGCAGGGUCUUCGUGGAUGGCAGCGCCAGGUUCCCCGCGCUGCGAGGGGCACGCCGCGCUGGCUGGGCCGUGGUGCAGAUCGGCCUCGGCGGGGAAGUCAUCGGCGGGAUGCGCGGCAUCGCCCCGUGGAGGUACGGACCCGAGCAGGAGGCCAGGGACGGCGAGGACUACGCGUUCCACAUGCUGGCCCAGUACUGGCAGGCGUCGGACGACGGCGCGGGCCUCGAGGUCUUCUGCGACUGUGCUGGCACGGUCGGCCUGGCGCUUUCGCGGGGCAAGGCCCUCGCGCCGCUGCAGGCGCGCCGCCGCCUGUGGCAGGAGUGGUGGGCGGGGCCUGGCCUGGCGGCCACAGUGCGCAAGGUCAAGGCGCACAAGGCGCUCGCCGCGGCGUCCAGCUGGGAGGAGGAGCUCAUGAUCAAGGGCAACAGGGCAGCCGACCUGUGGGCCAAGAGGGGCGCCGCCCUGUGGCCGAUCGACGAGGAGCUGGUCUGGUUCCUCCAGGUGUGCGCCUGGCGUGCGGAGGAGCUCGGGCGCUGGAUCGGCGAGCUGGCCGCCGCCAUGGUGGACCACGAGAAGCUGGACUCCGACGGGGUGGUAGGCACGGCCGACCUCGUCUACGACAUCCCGCAGGAGGCGCUGGACGCGGCGGAGCAGGCCGACGAGGAGGUGGCGGCGGCGGCGCUCGAGGCCGAGCUCGUGCAUGGCCAGGCUCCUGCUGCUGGUGCUGGGGCUGCUGCUGGCGCGGAGCUCGGCCAGCCACCCGACGCCGCCGCCGAGGCCGCCGCCGUCGAGCUCGAGGACGCUGCGGCAGCCGCCCCCGAGCUGCAGGCAGCUGUGGCAGGAGCAGGCGUGGCGCGGGAGGUGCGAGGGCACUGCAUCGUCGUCUCUCGCCUGGAGAACGGCGACGGGGCCAUGGCCUGGUGCCUGAAGUGUGGCUGCCGCUUCUGGAAGAGGGGCGACCUGCCCCCGGAGCGGGCGGCAGAGGCGAGGCGGCUCCUGAUGCGGCUCCAGGAGCCGAAGAGCAAGGUGCGGCUCCUCGCCCCGCAGGCGCCCACGGCCGAGGAGCAGGCGCGGCUCGCGGCGGUGCUCCGAGGAGGCGCUGGCGAGGCAGGCGGCGCUGGGGCCCCCGCUGGGGCUGGGCGGCCGCCGCGCUGGGGGCUGCGGCCAGCCGUGGCGGAUGCCUGGCAGGCGGCCGCGCUCCACGGCUUCGCUUCGCCCGCCGCCGCGGCGCGCUGGGCGCAGGCGCGCGUGGAGGCGGGCUGGGAGUCGCCCUUCGGCGACGGUGGCGCGGCGUGA